AUGGCCUUUCACAGCGGAAAAUCCAAAUCCAUUUUUGUGAAGCUCAUAGUCUUCUCUCUCCUAAUUCUUCUACCCUUAUUACAAAGCAACGCUGCUCGUAUCCCUUCUUCGAUCCCGAGAGGUCCUAUUGGUCCAAGGCGACCGAUUUGCCCGGCUUGUGUGUGUUGCAAGCCAGCGCCGCUAGGAAGUUGCUGCAGAUGUUGUGCAUCACCUAUCGUCACUCAAAGUCAUCACCACUCUCGAUCUCCAUGA